AUGGAAAAUGACAAGUUAGAGAACGUCUGUGAUGAUGAAAUACGUGAAAAUUUCAUAAAUAUAAACAAUUCCAACUAUUUGGAGACGGAGAACAUAACAGCAGAUACAGAUGAACAACAAAAUGAAAAUAAUUUUAACAAUAACAACGACGGUAGGUCUUCUGAGGAGGACGAAGACGAGUUGACGCGAAAAAUUAGGGCUAUACCCAUUUUACCGAGAAUACCAAAAUUAAAAAAGGCCGACUCCUCUGGGGAAAUUCCACGACAACAAACUUUAGAACAUCGAAGUAUAUUACAAAGAAAAGAUAGCAUAAUUAAUCCGGACCAGUCACUUAAAUGGCCUACAGAAAGUUUUGGCGGGUUCGGUUCAAGCAGGCGCAACAAUAUUAACAGUUUUAACAAGUUUUCAAACCAGUCUCACAAUGGGAGCAAAAAAUUCAACAAUAAUUGCCAAAAUAGUUCAAAUAUAAAAAAUUUAAAUAAUAGUAUAGAGCAUAAUUUCAACAAAAAUAAUCACAAUAAAAAUUUUAAUUUGAUUAACUCUAAAAGGGACCAAAAGACUGAGCCACAAACGACACACAUGACUUAUUCAAGCUUCAAGCGAUCAAAGCAAGGACUUGAUCAAGCUGAUUCGAAUCAAAACUUAACAUCUGAAGAGAAGUUUGAUCAAAUUUUCAAAAAGAAAGACAUGUCAAAUAAUCAUUUGGAGCCUCUAACUGCUGCAGAAACAGAUAAUGUCUUUAAUAAUUUAUCAGAAGCAGAUGAUUUUGACAGUUUUGACAAUAAUAUAUUAAACACAAUAGCCAAAACUCCAUGCAAAACUAUUGAAGAUAGAUACAGGGAACGGAUGCAAAAGGGUUUGAAAACUGCCCAAAUGGAAUCCAUUGCAUCAUGUUCAAAGUCUGAUUUAACGAAUAAUGAUGAUAACCUAUAUAACAAUGAACAGCUUUCACAAGACUAUCAUAGUAAUGCUAACAGCAACCAAACUUUAAGAAAAUCUCAAACAUGUCCUGAUUCCCUGUCUAAGGUAGCUGAUACAGACAACGUAGAUUCUUCAGAUGACAGUAAAUCAUCACCCAAUGAUAAUGACAAAUCCCUUGGAGACAAGUCAGGUAGUUUGUGUCGAAAAGUAGUUACUUUCAAUUGCCCUGAUGCCAAUGAAAGUUCUGCAUUACUUAAAAAUAAAAAAUUACCAAAGAAAAAGAAAAUUGACGAAGUAUGUCCCAAGUCUUCAUCGCAAGAAAAAGUUGUAUCAAUAAUGAAAGAAUUUUUGAAGCCGUAUUAUUCCAAACAAAAAAUUACAAAGGACCAAUAUAAGGAAAUAAUGAGGAAAUCAGUACCAAAGUUUUCAAAAAUAAAGCCAGGUGACAUAAAAAUUGACAAAAUACAUUCGUAUGCCAUGAAACUAUUGAAGGAGAUACUGCCAAGGAAAUAG